GACUAGCUAUCGCGAGUUACGUCAUCUGUCAGGUGUUGAGUUCAUGUCUUUUCUUCCUCCUUUGAUGGAGAGUUUGAUGCAGUUUGAUGGAGAGAGGAUAUAUGAAAACGUUCCAAAAAGACCAACCCAGCCAUGCCUGAUGCAGACCCGCAGGAUGCUGAAAAUGCCAGCCUGUUCCAGAGAGCCAGACGCUGGUCACAUGACCUCAUCUCGCCUGGAAAAUUUCUGGCUGUCAAAAGGUUUUCUAUCCCCGCCCCUCUCCCCGAAACAGGUCAGUUGUCCAUGCUGUCUGCUCGUGCACCCAACCACCAGCGACCCUCUCGGUCAGACAGGCCCGCAUCUGACGUCAGGAGUAAGCGACAUGUUUACUUCCUGCUUCUGGAACUACAAGACGAGAGGAAAGUCUUGCUAACCUGCCAGUCGUAUUUUGAGGUCAAAGAUACGUUGGGUCACGUGAUUGUUGACGAAGACUUCCUCAAUUAUAGAUUAAUUAUGACGUCAUCUAGGGAAGCCAUGAGACUAAAUGCAGAAAUGACCAGGAGAGCAAAAUCGUGUGAGAACCUACUUGACCUUAGUUCAGAUUGUGAUGAUGUCAAGGUCACCAUUACUCACACAGACGAGAGGCAAUCAACCUUACAGACUUUGGUCAGGGACGAGUCAAUUUACUACAACAAUCUCAAGGUCAUGGUCAUACAAGUGGUGGAGCCCAUAAGAAAAUCAGGCCGCUUACAGUCAGGUGAAGUAGAGUUGAUCGAGGUGUUUGACAAGCUGAGUUUGUUGAGUGCAUCCCUACUGCAGAGGAUGGAACUUUUGUUGGAGACGUGGAAUAGCCAGCAGUCAACUAUUGGUCAAGUUUUUCACAAAGAUUUUUGGAACUGUUACAAAAUUUACAUGAGCAAAAUUCCUGAUAUUACAAGAUUUUUCAAGUCCCACCAGGCAACUCACGGCGACAUGUUCAGCCAACUCGCAGAACCAGGGGAGCAAACUCUAGAGACUUUACUCUCACUACCUGUUCAAAGGUUAGCGGAUUAUGGUCAGUACAUCGAACAGCUGCUGAAACAAACUGACAAGUCACAUCCUGACUUUGAGGAUUUGACUGCAGCCAACAAUCAACUCGAAUCCAUGGUGAAUGACAGAAAGGAUGCCACAGGACGUGUGUCAGAUGCCAGACCAGGCAGUAUUGAGCAGAACGGAUCCCAUAGUGCCGACAGGUCCCCUGGAAGCAGCAGAGAACACAGGACAAGGCGGAAGUCGGUACCAAGCGCCAUCUUGUUUAAAACACUGACGAACACCAGGCCAGGAGGAUCUCCAGGGGGCAACUUGAUGUUGGACAAGAAAGCGAUCCUGGAUUUAAUUAAAGUUGCUGAUGCACAGCCUCAUCGGAUGUUUGUGUUAGAAGGACAAGUCCAACUGGCAGCAGGCAUGCAGAUACAAGAUCGCUAUAUGUUCCUCUUUACAGAUUUGUUGCUAGUGGCCAAGCAAAA